AUGGAGAACAACACGACGAUCUUCCGAGAUGUCCCCCAGGUUUUAAAUCUGACAGAAAUGCCUCUGAACCCUCUCGAGGAGCAGGUCAUAACAAUAUUUUUGACAAUGCUCAUCUGUGGAGUUGGGAUUGCUGGGAACAUCAUGGUGGUGCUGGUCGUGCUGCGCACCAAGCACAUGGUGACCCCGACCAACUGUUACCUGGUCAGCCUGGCUGUCGCUGACCUCAUCGUGCUCCUGGCUGCCGGGCUUCCUAACAUCUCCGACGCCGUCUCCUUCUGGAUCUACGGCUACACGGGAUGCUUGUGUAUAACUUAUCUUCAGUACCUGGGCAUCAACGUGUCGUCCUGCUCCAUCACGGCGUUCACCAUCGAGCGAUACAUUGCGAUAUGUCACUCCAUAAAGGCGCAGUUCAUAUGCACCGUGUCCCGGGCCAAGAGGAUCAUAGCUGGAGUCUGGGUCUUCACCUCACUCUACUGCAUCAUGUGGUUCUUCUUAGUGGACACAGACGAAACCGUGUAUACCAACGGCGUGGUGGUCACUUGUGGCUACCGUGUCUCCAGGAGUCUCUACAUGCCAAUCUACUUCCUGGACUUCACCCUGUUCUACGGGAUCCCGCUCACUGUGGCCACCGUCCUGUACGGACUCAUCGCGAGGAUCCUGUUCAUGAGUCCUCUGCCGUCGCACCUCACCGACAGAGAGGGAGGAGGCUCGGUGCACCAGGGUCACUCCAACAGCAGCAACAAGACCAACAAGGGUGCGGUCUCCGCUCGGAAACAGAUAACGAAGAUGCUGGCUGUGGUGGUCGUCCUCUUCGCUCUGCUGUGGAUGCCUUACCGAACGCUGGUGGUGGUCAACUCCUUCAUCGACCCGCCCUACCACAACACCUGGUUCCUGCUCUUCUGCCGGAUGUGCAUCUACACCAACAGCGCCAUCAACCCCAUCAUUUACAACCUCAUGUCCCAGAAGUUCCGCGUGGCCUUCAAAAAGCUGUGCAAGUGCAACUGGCGGCACAAGGAGAAGGCGGUGGAGUACAACGUGCCGAUGUAUUACAGCGUCAUGAAGGAUUCGUCCCACGAGAGCAACGAGCCGAUCACGGAGCAGGAGGACGUGAGCGGCCAAACCCUCAAGAGGUUCAACGUGAAGGCUGACGACACAAGCACCUUCAGCAUCUCCUGAUAAAAGCUCCGGGAUUAAACUGUGUGUGAUUAAUUA